UAAAACCCGUGAAAUAAAAAAGAAAUACCCUCUUUUUCCUAAGUGACAUAUCAAAUACAAAUGUGAAGUUAAAUUGCCUUAAACCGGAACUUAAACGGUCGGAUUUGGAGACUUUUUGUUCCCAGCGUGCCCGUUUAGUUUUUUGACCGGAAGUUAACGUUGUUUCGUCCUAAGUUUCUAGAAGAGUGGCACCUCUCACAGGCGUCCAUCUCCAGCGUCAAAAGACAAAAAAAAGGACCAGUCGUCAUUACGGAUGUAAAAGGGGUUAACGUGAAGUUACGCCUCAACGUCCUUCUGUUGUCCCCGUGACGUCAGCAGGUGAAGAUGAGUAACGAGGGCAGGAUGAGGGCGACGGUGAACCAGAAGCUGACGGAGAUGGGGGAGCGAGAGAGGCUCAAGGAGUUGCUGAGGGCCAAGCUCACCGAGUGUGGCUGGAAGGACCAGAUGAAGGCUCACUGCAAAGAAGUAAUCAAAGACAAAGGCUUGGAGCAUGUUACUGUGGAGGACCUGGUGGCCGAGAUCACCCCGAUAGGAAGAGCUUUGGUGCCAGACAGCGUCAAGAAAGAGCUUUUCCACAGAAUAAAAGCCUUCUUAGCUCAGCAUGCAUGAUUAUGAUUUGCCUAUUGUCAUGGUAUAGAAUGUUUGUUUUAUUUACUGGAUUGUUCAAGUUUUUUCUUUCCAUUUUGAAUUUUUAGAGAUAUACUGACACUUUUUUGUAUUACUAAUUCUUUGCCUACAGUUAUCACAUAUGUGUUAACUUGCACACUUAGUUUCCUUUUAUAAGAGGUGAACUGUAUGAAUAAAGUUAUAGAGCAACAACACAUUUUUAAUUAAUUAAUUUUCCUGUUGCAGUU